AGGAAAGAGAAGAAAAGAAUAGCGACGGACGUGAGCUCCAUCGCCAGGAUGGUCGGCGGGGAGAUGGGGAAGGGGGAUAGGAGCAGCACGGGGAAGGAGCCGGAGAUGGGGACCAUGGAUCUGCUCAGCGGGUGCGGCGAUGAACCCGACAGGGAGGACGAGGUCGUCGACGUGGAGAUCAAUGUGCCCGCCGGCUGGGAUCGGCGGCUUGAUCUGCUAACGUUCAGGAACCCUCAUCGCCACCAGGUCGCCCAAGACGUCCCCCAGGACCUCAAACUGCCUACCACGGCGUCCACCACUCCCGCUGUCGCCGCCGUCACCACAUAUGCCGCGGUCUACACCAUUGACAUGGUUCGCAACGCCCUACAGUGCGCUGCCGCACGGUCAGCCCGCUCACCAGACAUGGCUUCCUUCUCGUCCGCAUCCAACUCCUCACCGUCCUCGGCCCUUGGAAAGCGUACCCGCUUACCUCCUUCAAGCAUGGCGCCCCCCACAGCGAACCUGGCCAUGCACGUGGUUACGUGCCCGUCCUGUCUCAUGUACGUUCUCAUCGCUGAGACCGAACCCCGGUGCCCGCGGUGCGCGUCCAAGGUGCCGUUGCUUUCUACCAAGCCCGCCGCCAACAUUAGCGGGAAGAAACCGAUUAUUGAUCUGAAUGUCGCCGCCGAUGACACCGAGUGAACGGGAAAUGAUGAUAGAAAUUUGUUUUUUUCUUCUAGAAAACAUGUUUCCAAUCACUAGUUUGUUACUUCUUAUAAAACAUCAUUAGAAACAGUUACAUGUUCAGAAAAUUAUUAUCAUAGGUUCAAAUCAUAUA